AUGCUGCGAGAAUUUUUAUUGAAGAUGGCUGGGUCGGCUCUGGGCCAAUGGCGUUCAAUGAGGAGCAUGAGUAAAGGACAAGCCAGAGGUCGUGAGAUGGCUGCCUUUGACUUUGACAUGACCAUUCUGGAUAGAGAUUCAGAUAUGGCAGUUGGGCAGCUAUUACCAUCAACGGAACGCACUGCCGAAUUGUUCGACCUGAUACCAAAAUGUGGUUGGAUUGCCUUCAUUCAGCAUGUCCUGCAGAUGCUGCAUCAAAAGUAUGGCAUAGACGCAGUGGCGGUGGGUCGCCAUAUACGCAGCCUGCCGCCAGUUCCGGGAAUUCUACGUCUAAUACGCCAAUUGGCUGGACAUCACAGCAAUAUGGACUUAUUUAUAGUCAGCGAUUCGAAUUGUUUUUUCAUCAGCGAAUGGCUCGAGGCACAUGGAGUGGAUCAUCUGUUUGCUGGCAUCUAUGCCAAUCCGGCCAGCAUUGCGGCAGAUGGUCAAUUAAUUGUCUCCCCCUAUGAGGAGCAGAAUCGUUGCGAACUCUGUCCGGUAAAUCUCUGCAAGGGUCGUAUCCUAGAUGAGCUCAUUUCUAUGGGUAAUUACAAGCGUGUCCUCUACAUUGGCGAUGGAAGCAACGAUCUCUGUGCCGUGCAACAUUUACGGGCCAAUGACAUAGCCUGCAUACGACGCGGAUACGAAUUGCACAAGAAACUGACUGAAAAUGUGCAUCAUCGUCCUCAAUUGAGUUGUGGUCACAUUGUUACCUGGCGCAAUGGUCACGAUUUGUAUGAGCAAUUGCCAAAAUAAACAAAGAGGGGAGCGGGCGGGAAUAAUUAUUAAUGCUGCUGUUUUAUUUUCGACUUAAAAAUAAAUGUUCUUCUGUUUUGUGUAUACAUAUA